AUGCCUGUGCCCCCACCCCCCACCCCCCGCAGACAUACACACCGGCCCCACACACACCUCCAUCGGGGAAGAAGCCCAGAAGGCGAUCCAACCUCGCCGCGCAUCCUCCAGCUAUCCCUCCAUCCGACUCUGCUCAUCUCCCCUUCUUCUCACCUCCUGCACUGUGCCUGCCCACGGACUACACGGCGGACACUUCCCGACUUGGCCACAUUCCCGGCGUUCCAUUGGCUCACGCUGGUCACAUGCUGCCUACUGCCAUCCCUGAUUGGAGCGGGCGAGACUUGGGGCAUGGUCUCCACUUGCCCGUUCCAUUGCGUAUGUCGAAACUUAUCGGAGUCUUUAAGUACUCUGUGUGCGGACAAAGGAUUACUAUUCGUCCCCCCCAAUGUUGACAGGAGGACAGUGGAGCUAAGACUGGCUGAUAACUUCAUUACAGAAGUCGGGGGUAGCGAUUUCGCCAACAUGACCGGGUUGGUUGACCUGACUUUGUCCAGGAAUACCAUCCAUCAUAUACGACCAAUGGCCUUUGCGGAUCUCGAGAGUCUCCGCUCAUUACAUCUGGAUGGUAACCGCUUGACGACGCUAGGGCCGAGGGACUUAGCGGGUUUGAUCAAUCUGCAACAUCUGAUAGUCAACAACAAUCAGCUGGUCAAAGUGUCACCCCAAGUGUUCGAUGACUUUCUCCUUACGUUGGAAGACCUCGACAUGUCCUACAACAAUUUGAAAAGAGUUCCCUGGGAGUCCAUUCAGAACAUGGCCAGUCUGCACACGCUCAACCUGGACCAUAACCUGAUCGACCACAUCGCGGAGGGGGUCUUCGGGGAGCUGUAUAAGCUAGCAAGACUCGAUAUGACCUCCAACAGGCUGCGCACCCUCCCGCCUGAUCCCCUCUUUGCCAGGUCCCAAACAGGAGCAAUAAGCCCCACCCCCUACAACGCCGUCAUCAGCUUGAAUUUUGGCGGGAACCCACUGCACUGUAACUGUGAGCUGCUCUGGCUCCGCAGGCUGGUCAGGAGAGACGACAUGGAGACGUGCGCAACGCCCCUUCACUUGGCUGGAAAGUAUUUCUGGUCCAUUCCGGAGGAGGAGUUCACCUGCGAGCCCCCCCUCAUCACCCGCCACACUCACAAGCUGUGGGUGCUGGAGGGGCAGAGGGCCACCCUGAAAUGUCGCGCCAUCGGAGACCCAGAGCCGGUGAUCCACUGGGUCUCCCCCGACGACCGCAUCAUCGCCAACACGUCCCGAACCAGCUCCUUCAGCAACGGCACACUGGAUAUCUUAGUUACUGUUGCCCGGGACGACGGGGCGUACACUUGCAUCGCCAUCAACGCGGCGGGAGAAGCCACCGCCACAGUGGAUCUGAAAAUCAUCCCGUUACCACACAGGGGCGGAGCGGGAGGGAACCCUGGGAAUACCAACACUAAAACCAACAGGAACGUCACCAAUGGAAUUUUACGGACAGACCCGGGCUCUUCGGAUAUCAGCACGGGGAAAAACGGAGGAAUUAACAACAACGGAGCGGGGAGAGGCGGAGAGGUGGACGAGGAGAAGAAGUCCGCAGGAGAGGAGGAGGAGGGAGAAGGGGUGAAGGGGUCAGAGGUCGAGCGGUCCGAUGGGGGGAGUAUGGAGGAGGAAGAGGAGGAGGAGGAAAGCAGGAUGGUGGGCGUUCAGGGAGUCACGUCCACCUCAGCGCAGGUUCGGUGGGAUUUGGGCCGUCUCUCCGGAGCGUAUGUUGUGUGGAUGUACCAGAUUCAAUACAACUGCACCGCAGACGAGACGCUCAUCUACAGGAUUCUGCCCUCCACCAGUGACCGCUUCCUGCUCAAGAACCUGGUCUCCGGAGUGGAUUAUAACCUAUGCGUGCUCGCCAUUUUUGAUGACUCCAUUACAACAUUAGCGGCAACAAAGGUCCUGGGCUGCACCAGCUUUUCCACAAAGGAUGUUUACCCGGCAUGCCGUUCUCUCCAAGCACACUUCCUGGGUGGAACGCUCACUAUAUUGGUUGGUGGCAUCGUAGUGGUCACUCUACUUGUUUUUACCGUGGCGCUCAUGGUUCGUCAUCGUGUGUGCAACCAUACGGACCAUAUGAUAUGUCACAAUGGCAACACUGAGGCAGGAGGUGGAGCUUGUUGCCAAAGCGGAGGGCUAGGGGGCGGAGACAAAGGAGGGAACAGCAGUGGAUGUUACCAGUCCAAUGGCCAGGGGGACAUGAUGAUGGUGGUUCUCCCCAAUGGGCUGCCAGCCAAAAGAGGGGAGAAAGAGAAAGACAGUGAGAAAGAGAAGGAAGUGGUGGAAUCUGCCUCCUCUGUGCCUCCCAAACUGCCCCCUAAACCCCGGGCCAAGCCUAAGGUCAACCUGGAGCAGUUCCUGUCAGCAGGGGGCGUGGUCUCCACCAGCACAGGGGGGGAGAUGGCUUUGGUGGUGCGGCAGAGAAAGCUGGAGAAAGCUUACACCUCAGACAGUGACAGAACUCUGCUGUACUACUCCCCUUCCCCUCCCUCCACUCUGCCCCGGCGCUCACGCUCCAGGGAACGCCCCCCGCCACGGCUUGAGCGCGAGCUGACCAAUCGGGCCAGUUUUUCUCUGGCAGCCCCCCUCAGAGACGCUGAGCUGUUAGACUGGAGAAUGAACCCCAGAGGCCGGGACAAAUGGAACUCUUCCCAGGCGUACCAGAGCCCCAUAUCCCCCCUCAGCCCGGGCUGUGGGGCCAUCAGUAAGCGCCGCCACUCCCUGGAUAUGGGCUCGUCUGUGGCAUUGGCCAGUGACGCCGCGGCAACCGUGGCCAAGCGUUAUGGCGCCGUGAGCUAUGCCAAACGUCUGAGCGUCAUCUGGACCAGGAGGAGCCAGUCUCUGCACGGGAUGCUGGUGCAGUGCGCCUCCACCACAAGCACCACCUCCUCCACCACCAGUGACGAGGCCGACUCCGGGAGCAACUUUGGGGCACGCUGUGACUUUCAGCGGGGAUAUAUUCACGCGUACAACACAACAAACUCCAACUCUAACACAGGGAUCACCUGUGGGAAGGGUAAAGACAGCAAAGAGACCAAACGCGAGAAAAGUAAAGAAGGGAAGAGUGCGGAGGAGCUGGAGGAGAGUGUGGUUUAG